AUGCGCCGGCUGUUUCCGAAGAAGGGAGUCAUAAAACGGCUUCUCACGAUAGCCCGGAGGAGAAACGGGGAGGAGGAGGAGGGCCUCCCCGGCAAUGGCGUGAGCCUUCCUCCGGACGGCCACUCUCCCGAGAAGCCCACAUGGCGCUGCUUCUCUUACGAGGAGAUUCUCCAUUCCACGAGAGGGUUCCACCAAGGUCUGCCUGAUUUUCGCCAUGGCUUCUUCUUUCUCGGUGUGUCUCCUCUCUUUUCUCUUCAAUGACGGGCACGAUCUCCGGGUAGAUAAUCUGGUGGGAAGAGGCGGCUACGCAGAGGUUUACCGGGGAAUUCUACAAGACGGGAGGGAGAUCGCCGUGAAGCGGCUGACCAGAGCCUCACCGGAGGGCCAGAAGCAGAAGGACUUCCUCGUUGAGCUGGGUACCGUCGCUCACGUCUGCCACCCCAACGUCUCCACCCUCGUCGGCUGCUGCAUCGACUGCGGGCUCUACCUCGUCUUCCAGUUCUCCUCCCAUGGCUCCCUCUCCUCCCUUCUCCACGGUAGGAAAGCUCCAAUGGUUUUCUCCCCGUAGGAAGGAGGAGGAAGAAGAAGGAGAAGAAGAAGAAGGCUCAUUCAUCGCUUUUCUUUCAGACGAGCGUGCCCAUCCGCCGCCAUGGGAGCUCCGGUACAAGAUCGCCGUCGGUGUCGCCGCCGGGCUCCGGUAUCUGCAUGAGGGCUGCCGGAGGAGGAUCAUCCACCGCGACAUCAAGGCCUCCAAUGUGCUCUUGACGGCGGAUUUCACACCUCAGGUCACUAGUCAUCUUCAACCUCGGGAAUACCUGAAGAUCCAGGCUCUAAUUUCAGCUCUCCCUGGCGGCUCGCAGAUAUCCGACUUCGGACUGGCCAGUUGGCUUCCCUCGCAGUGGACCCACCGCACGGCGGCGGCCAUCGAGGGGACUCCAGGGUUCGUUCUGCAACUUUCGAGAGGGAAGAGGGGAGGAGAGGAGAAGAGAGUCGCAGUUGCAGAGUUGUCAUUGCCGGGGAAUUUCCUUCAUUUGCAGGUACCUGGCGCCGGAGUACUUCACCCGCGGGGUGGUGGACGAGAAGACCGACGUGUUCGCCUUCGGCGUGCUCCUCCUGGAGAUCCUCUCGGGGAAGAAGCCGGUGGACGGGGCCCACCGGAGCUUGCUCAGCUGGGUAAUGAUGGCCUUCUUCUUCCUUCCUCUCUCUCUCUCUCUCUCUCUCUCCCUCUCUCUUUUUCUCUCUUCACUUGGCUGUGGAUUGAGGAUAAUUGUGGGGUUUCUGUUGUCGCACCAGGCGAGGCCCCUCCUCAGGGAAGGCGCCACCGCGGAGCUGGUCGAUUCCCGACUGGCCGACGGCAGCUACGACAAGGAUCAGCUCUACAGGCUGGCAUUCGCCUCAUCUCUCUGCAUCAGAGCCAGAGCGGCGCGGCGCCCUUCAAUGAGUGAGGUCCGGCCCCCACCCACCAACUCUCUCUCUGUCUCUUAGGCGUCUGAAGAGGAAAUAAUUAGCCAUUGACUUUUAAUCCCUGGCGAUAGUUUAUAGAAAAAUUAGGAAAACAGAUAGCUGGGUUUAAGAAUGAGCCGCUGUUUCAUGCCACUGUAUGGGUUUUAAGAAUUGAAAAACACGUUUCAAGAUGCUGGAAUUUAGUGGGUUGUCCUCAGCGCGUCUGAUCUUAGUCGGUAUUACUCGGCCCCGCCUGCCCACCGGGGAAGCAGGCCUAGAGGUGGCCCUCCGACCCAGUGGGGUCAGAGCAAGAGAAACGAAGAGAGAGAGAGAGAGAGAGAGAUCAUCAUCGUCGUCGUCGCCGCAGGAGAUUCAUUAAAGCGUGGAUUUUGGUGGCAGGUGCUGGACUUGCUGGCUGGCGGCGAGGCCUCCCUAGAACGCUGGAAGCCGCCGGCGGAGGAAGACGACGAGGAAGAAGAUGGCGACGAAGAGGAUGAGCUGUGGGAGCUGGACGAACACGAGGACUGCGAUUCCCCCGUCUUCUCUCUUUCGUCAGCGGCCAGCUCCUGA